GAAUGAUUGAUUUUGUGGAGGUUGCAUUGACUUGGGGACUUCCGGCAAUACUUAUUGACUAAGUAUUGUUUUUCUUUGCUUACAAAAUUGCAGGAGAUUAAAUUUGCAUGGUCGAUGUAGCUUAUCCUAUAAGCCAUUUAGUUGCAGGAAUAGUCUAUUGUAUUUUUUCUGAGAUUUCACUCACAUCUAAGAUUGUAAGAAUACUUUUAGAUUUUAAGAUUUAUAUUAUUCUUGUUAUUCUUUGGUCUAUGAGGUUGGCUGGGUUCAUAUGUAUUUAUAGAGUCAUUGGAGGAUAUAGAGAUGAACGGUUUGAGAAUAUUUUUAAUGAAUUUAACAACGACAAGCUAAAAAAAAACUUGAUGGUUUUGGUUCAAUUUUUGUUUUAAGGUAUAUUCAUUUUUGUGACCAGCAUUCCAUUAUAUUUCUUAUUCUAAAACAAUCUUGAAUGGAAUUACGAUUUUGAGGGAUUAAAGAUUAUGAAUUACAUUACAUUGUCAAUUAUUCCAUUUUGUAUUUGUUUCGAAGCAAUUGCAGGUAAAAAAUAUAAUUAUAUAUAGAUAUACAAUUAGAGAGAUUUAAAAAGUUGUAACUACAAGGUUUGAUCCCCAAGACAGAAGUAAUGGAAACUGGUCUAUGGAAAAAAAGCAGACAUCCUAAUUUAUUUUUUGAUCUUAUUGCUUGGACAUGUUUUGCAUUGUCAGGAAUUUAUAAUGCCAUAAGUGUUUGUUCAUUAUUUGGCCCUCUUAUCUUAUUUUGUGCUAUGGUAUUUGUGACAAUACCCAUAACUGAAGCUCACAUGAAAUAAAAAAGAGGAGAAGCAUUUGAUCAGUAUGUUUAGAGAACAAAUAAAUUUUUGAUUUUUUGAUUGUGUUUUACGUA